AUGGCGGCGAGUCAGGGAGGUGGUGGUAACAGUGGGGGCGGCAGUUGUGGUGGAGGUGGAAGUAGCGGUGGCGGUGGUGGGGCCGGAGGGGGAGGUGGCGGAACCGGAGUGGGAGGCGGCGGCGGCGGCGGGACCCUGGUGGUGCCCAUCCCGGUACCGACUCUUUUCGGUCAGCCGUUCCCCAACGGGCCGCAGUGGAACCCGGGGAGCCUGCAGCCUCAACACACCGUGAGGAGCCUGGACCGGGCCCUGGAGGAGGCGGGCAACUCCGGCAUCCUGAGCCUCAGCGGUAGGAAGCUCCGAGACUUCCCGGGCAGCGGCUACGACCUGACGGACACCACCCAAGCAGAUCUUUCAAGAAAUCGUUUUACAGAAAUUCCUUCUGAGGUCUGGUUAUUUGCACCUCUUGAAACAUUAAAUUUAUAUCAUAAUUGCAUCAAAAUCAUUCCUGAAGCCAUUAAAAACCUGCAGAUGUUAACAUACCUUAACAUUAGUCGAAAUCUUUUAUCAACAUUGCCAAAAUACCUAUUCGAUCUUCCCCUUAAAGUUUUGGUCCUCAGUAAUAAUAAACUGGUAUCCAUUCCAGAAGAAAUCGGAAAGUUAAAAGAUUUAAUGGAAUUGGAUAUUAGCUGCAAUGAGAUUCAGGUUCUUCCCCAACAAAUGGGAAAAUUACAAUCACUUAGAGAGCUAAAUAUAAGAAGAAAUAAUCUUCAGGCAUUACCAGAUGAAUUAGGAGAUCUUCCCUUAGUCAAGCUGGAUUUCUCUUGUAAUAAAGUGACCGAAAUUCCAGUUUGUUACAGGAAGCUGCAUCAUUUACAAGUAAUAAUUUUGGAUAACAAUCCUUUGCAAGUACCACCAGCACAGAUAUGUUUAAAAGGUAAAGUACACAUAUUUAAAUACUUAAAUAUCCAAGCAUGUUGCAGAAUGGAUAAGAAACCAGAUUCUCUGGAUCUUCCAUCAUUGAGUAAAAGAAUGCCCUCCCAACCUCUCACAGACAGUAUGGAAGAUUUUUAUCCAAAUAAAAAUCAUGGUCCUGACUCUGGAAUUGGAAGUGAUAAUGGAGAGAAACGAUUGUCUACAACAGAACCAUCAGAUGAUGACACAAUCAGCCUUCAUUCUCAAGUCUCAGAAUCAAAUAGAGAGCAGACAUCAAGAAAUGACAGUCACUCAAUAGGAAGUAAACCUGAUUCUCAGAAAGACCAGGAGGUGUAUGAUUUUACUGAUGCCAACACAGAUGAUGUAGUAGUUCCUGAACAAGGAGAUGCACAUAUUGGAUCAUUUGUUGCUUUCCUUAAGGGAAAAGAGAAAGGUCCUGAAAAAUCUCAGAAAAAUGAAGAAUUGGGAGAUGAAAAAAGACUUGGGAAAGAACAACUACUUGCUGAGGAAGAGGAUGAUGGUUUGAAGGAAGUAACUGAUUUGAGGAAAAUAGCCGUUCAGUUAUUGCAGCAAGAGCAGAAGAACAGGAUUCUUAAUCAUUCAACUUAUGUCAUAAGAAACAAGCCAAAACAAACUAUGGAAUGCGAAAAGAGUGUCUCAGCAGAUGAAGUUAAUUCACCAUUAUCACCCCUCAUAUGGCAGCCCUUAGAAAAUCAAAAGGAUCAAACAGAUGAGCAGCAAUGGCCAGAAUCUCACCCAAUAAUCUGGCAGAGUGAAGAAAGGAGGCGGAGCAAACAGAUUAGAAAAGAAUAUUUUAAGUAUAAAUCAUCAAGGAAGAGUUCAAGUGGCAAUGAAAACAAUGAGCAAGACAGUGAUAAUGCUAAUAUGUCACCACAAUCACCAGUAUCAUCUGAGGAGUAUGAUAGAACUGAUGUUUUUUCACAUGGUCCCUUUGGCUUGAAGCCUAGAUCAGCUUUCAGCCGCUCAUCUCGCCAGGAAUAUGGGGCAGCAGAUCCAGGUUUUACAAUGAGAAGAAAGAUGGAACAUCUACGGGAAGAGCGAGAACAAAUACGACAGCUUCGCAAUAAUCUUGAAUCCAGGUUAAAAGUAAUUUUGCCUGAUGACAUAGGAGCUGCACUGAUGGAUGGGGUUGUUCUUUGCCAUUUAGCCAAUCAUAUAAGGCCACGCUCUGUAGCUAGUAUUCAUGUGCCAUCACCAGCAGUGCCUAAACUUAGCAUGGCGAAAUGUCGAAGAAAUGUAGAAAACUUUCUUGACGCUUGUAAAAAGUUGGGUGUCUCACAGGAAAGACUCUGUUUGCCUCAUCAUAUUUUGGAAGAAAGAGGUCUUGUGAAAGUUGGUGUCACAGUUCAGGCUCUUCUUGAAUUACCUACAACCAAGGCAUCUCAGCUUUCUACGGCUUGA